GCCACUUCCUUGCCGCAGAAACCUCUUCACGUAAUAUUCCAAUGGCAUCCAAAUAAAAAUGCUUCCUUUUUCCUCAUAUAAAUACCCUUUGUUUCUCUCCUUUGUCCUGACAACCCCAAGAACUUGUUAAACACAGCAAAUUUCUUGCCUGCUUUUUCUUGCAUUUUUCUUUCAGUAACCUGCAAUGGCUGGAAUUGUGGUGGUUUUUGAUUUCGACAAGACCAUCAUUGAUGUUGAUAGCGAUAACUGGGUCAUUGAUGAAUUGGGUUUUACAGAUUUGUUCAAUCAACUUCUCCCUACCAUGCCUUGGAACUCUCUCAUGGACAGGCUGAUGGAAGAGCUUCAUUCUCAGGGAAAAACCAUUGAUGACAUUGUUGGGGUCUUGAAACGCACCCCUAUUCACCCUCGGAUUGUCCCCGCAAUUAAAUCAGCUCAUGCUUUAGGGUGUGAGUUGAGGAUUGUAAGUGAUGCAAAUAUGUUCUUUAUUGAGACAAUCUUGAAGCAUCUUGGAUUGAGGGAUUACUUCUCAGAAAUCAACACAAACCCUGGAUUUGUUGAUGAAGAAGGGAGGUUAAGGAUCUUUCCUUACCAUGAUUUCACUCAAUCUUCCCAUGGUUGCAGCCGCUGCCCACCAAAUAUGUGCAAGGGUCUCAUCAUUGAAAGAAUCCAGGCUUCCAUAGCAAAGGAGGGAAACAAGAAAAUCAUCUAUCUUGGUGAUGGUGUUGGUGAUUAUUGCCCCAGCUUGAGGCUUACAGAAGCUGAUUAUCUGAUGCCAAGGAAGAAUUUCCCUGUUUGGGAUUUAAUUUGCAGAAAUCCCAUGCUUAUUAAGGCAGAAAUUCAUGAAUGGACAGAUGGGGAGGAGCUAGAACGUGUAUUGCUGCAGAUUAUUGGUGCAAUUUCUUCUAUGGAAGACAAAUCUGCUGCUCAGUUAUUCUCAUCAACUGAUUGCAAGUUGCAGACUAUUUCAAUAGGUGCCCAUGACGCCUUCCCUAAAGCUCUUUCUGUUCCUCAGUAGUUAGCUUUUGUAACCCAAAUUUUGGCGGAUGCCGCCGCACCUAUCAAGUGGACAGGAUUUUAUUUUCUUUCCCCUUUUUUCUUUGUUUUAACAAGAAGCAAGUAAUUGUUUGUAUUGCUGCUUUUGAUCAAGAACUGACUAAGAAAUGAAACAAAAUACUUACGUGCUUGUAAAA